UCAUAAAAGUUCCUCUGACUAACACAAAAAUUGACAUCACCAACCUUCCAAAUUAACAGAUAGAGAAAAUGGCGACCAGAAAAAAUGUGUAGAUUUGAAUAAUAUUAGGCUCACGUGCGAGAGAAAGUAAAAAAAAGCAGGAGAAAAAGAAACCACUGGGAAGACCAAAGGGAAAAAGUCCACCUUCAACGGCAGCAGCAGUGGGUUUUUUGUAGCUACCAAGUGGUAGGUGUGGAUGCUAUAAAAAGAAGAGUGUGUAGAAUACGAAGCUGUUUAGGCAACACAAAUGAAUAGGUAAUCAUAGAGUUAGACUUGUGCACAAUAACAUAAACAAGCAUGGUUGAUAACAGUGUGUUAGAGCUGAACCUUGGUUUAGGUAACAACAACAACAAUAACAACGUUGUUGUUGGUGGUCAUGCACAUGCAGGACAGUCACCGAGGCAAAGGUGUCCGGCACCAUUUCUGUUGAAGACGUACGAUCUGUUGGAAGAAGGUGAGAGUGAAGAUAUGACAAGAAUAGUGUCGUGGAAUGAAGAAGGAAGUGCCUUUGUUGUGUGGUCUCCUGCAGAAUUCUCUGAGCACACCUUGCCUAGAUAUUUCAAGCACAACAACUUCUCUAGCUUCAUUCGCCAAUUGAACACUUAUGGAUUUAAGAAAAUGUCAUCGAAAAGAUGGGAAUUCAAACACGAGAAAUUUCAGAGGGGUUGCAGGCACAUGCUAGGUGAAAUCACAAGGAAAAAGUGCGAGCCAAGUGUUUUUCCUGCAUACCUUAAGUCUUCUUCUGAGGAAAAUGCAACGAGUUCCACAGAAGAAAACAAUCAGCAACUUCUUAUGGAGGAGAACAAGAACCUUAAGAAGGAGAGAUUAGAGCUUCAAAUGCAGAUUGAUGAGUGCAAAGCACUUGAAAUGAAGUUGCUCGCAUGCCUCUCUCAGUUUAUGGACACCCAACAAACUAAAAUUAGGAGACUUUGUUAA